UAUUGUGGUAUUUUCUUAUUUCUAUUUUUAACGCACUGAAAGUCGCAGAGGAAUGACGUCAAACGGUAUCCGAAUAAUGACGCUGAUCAUUGUUUAAAAAAAAAUAAAAAAUCAGCCGUCAAAAUUGAGAAUUAGGUCAGCGAACUAAUGAAGCGCCAGUGAAGCUCUAUGGUUGUAAGCGUUGUGUUUUUAUUAAUGAAGCCUUAUACGACGCUUGCCGGGACACACAAUAACCUGUUCGGAAGAGGGUGAGAGAUGUCCGGUGUUCCCGGCAUCUGCGGGCGGGAUUCGUAGCCGCUCUACCGGUCCGUUUGUGCGGGUACCUCCCGCUGUCGGCUUGGGGAAAGCGACAGACGAGCCCAGUGAACGUCUGCACCACGGUGCGUCCCGGCCCGGCUUUGCUUGAAUUCGUAGCAAGACGACACAGCCAGACAGACGCCGAGAGCUUCUCUGGGGACACCAAGGAAAUCGGUCCUCGCCUCGCCAGCCUGGCGGCAACACGGCACUCGCGCACGCUUGUGUAGUUGCAAAAUUGAAGGAGUCUUGCUAUGUGAACUUGGCCACUUAAGACAUGUGAGCCUUGACUCUUCUUUACCCUGAGUAGAAGGUUGCACAGUUUGACAAUGUCAAGCCGCAGAAAGUCGACCACGCCUUGCAUGGUGCCACCCUCUGGCGAAUUGGAAGAGACAACUGAUAGGACAAUGGAAGUAGAGACUGAGGGGGUGGAGGGGGCAGUAGAUGAGAUUCACACAGCAGUGGAGCUGGAUCAAACGAUAGUGGUUGUCCCCACACCACCAGAUACUGGUGAGUCCAACAGCCUAGAGGACAAAGCUGUCCUCAGUCCAUCAGUAAAGUGUAGCUCUAUAAGCCCCCCUGAGAGUCAGAGUAGUGACCACCUGAACAAGGAUAAGCAGUGUGACGUGCUUGAGGAAGGAGGAGCAGAUGCCACAAGUGUUGGCGCCAUCUCACUUAGCAAGACCCCUAUCAUGAGGAUGAAGACCAAAUCUGAACCCAAGAGGAUCGCCGUGGCCCUUAAAGCUUCAGACGAAGCUGUGUAUUUUGAAGGCAGCAGCGAGGCUGUGGGGGAAGGAGAGCAGGAGCCAAUCGAAGCGCCUCUGGGACCAAUGGCGUCUGUGGAGAUGCUGCUGCAUGACUCCAUGAAGCUUGGAGCAGGCAACUUACUGGUCAGCCAAGCCUUAGAGCAGCCAAGGAAGUCAUCAGUUUUAAAUCCCACCAUUAUUCCUCCUGGCCUGGCACAGGUCCUUUCUGCUUUCCAUGCCCACAAGAACACAUCAGUUCAACCCCAAUUGCUGAUUCCUCUCAGCAGCAUUCCCUCUUAUAGUGCCGCUAUGGACAUCAACCCUCUGCUGGGUAGCACUUACAAGAAGUUUCCCUAUCCCUCCAUGGCUGAGAUCAGCAGUCUGGCAGGGCAGACUCAGUUCACAGAAGAGCAGAUUAAGGUGUGGUUCUCAGCCCAGCGGCUGAAGCACGGCGUCAGCUGGACACCAGAGGAAGUCGAGGAGGCCAGGAGAAAACAGUUCAACGGCACUGUGCACACAGUGCCUCAAACCAUCACUGUCAUACCUGCUCACCAGCUCUCUGCUGCCAACGGCCUGCAGUCCAUUCUGCAGACCUGCCAGAUAGUGGGCCAGCCUGGCUUGGUCUUCACACAGGUUGCUCCAGGAGGGAAUCUUCCAGUGACGAAUCCCAUCACCUUGACAGUGGCAGGACUGCCAAACCAGUCCCAGAGCUCCAACAGAGUUUCCUGCCAGUCGACCCCAACGAACAGUGAGCUGAAACGGGCUACCACUGUACAGCCCCCCUCGCUUUCCCCACAGGAGAACUCUGCCCUGAGUGCUGACACAUUCAGUAUGCGGCCCAAGAAGUCCAAAGAGCAGUUGGCCGAGCUGAAAGCCAGCUACCUUAAAAACCACUUUGUCAGUGAUGCAGAAAUCGCCCGCUUGAUGAAGAUCACCAAUCUAACCAAGGGAGAGAUAAAAAAAUGGUUCAGUGACACCAGGUAUAACCAGCGCAAUUCCAAGAACAACAAUGUCAUUGUUUUUCACGACGGAGGCAGCAGAGGAGGUGGCGCAUGUAGUAGCGGCACUAACACCACUAUUGUCAUUGACUCAAGCGAUGAAACCCCAGCAUCCCCUCAUCCACCAUGCACGCCUCUUGUAAAGGAGAAGGAGACACGGCCCAAGACAUGGAAUCCGUUCCCAGACUUCACUCUGCAGAAGUUUAAAGAGAAGACGCCAGAGCAGUUGGUGGUGCUGGAGGAGAGCUUUGAGAAGAGCAGCACGCCAUCUGAUGAAGAUCUGAGCCGCCUGAGAACAGAGACUAAACUGACGCGCAGGGAGAUUGAUGCCUGGUUCACAGAGAGACGGAAAAUGCCAACAAUGAGCACUCCCUCCCCAGAGUCUUCUGAGACAGGACAGAUGGAUACUGGUGGAGGGAAAGCUGGAGAAGUUGCUGCUGCUUCUCGCUCCGCUUCCUCCUCUCGUAAAGGUAGUCAAACUCCACCUGGAGGCCGCAGUAAGCAGAUGCCAGCCAGCAACAGCAACAGUAGCACCAGCAGCAGAGACAUCAAAGAUAAGACUAAAAAGACUCCAGAGCAGCUCCACAUUUUGAAAAGUGCCUUCGUGCGGACUCAGUGGCCCACAACAGAAGAGUAUGACCAACUAGUCGAGGAGAGCGGCCUCCCCCGACCCUACAUUGUCAGCUGGUUCGGGGACUCUCGGUAUUCCUGGAAGAACGGCAACCUUAAAUGGUUUUUUCAGUAUCAAAGUGGUAACGUAGAGGGCCCGAAUGGUGGUGGAAAUCACAAAAUGGGAGGUGGUGGCAGUCGAAAAAGACGUGUCCGAAAUCGUGGUUGGGGGAGAUCCCGAACUCGCAAGCAGCCAAGGCGGACAGCAUCCUUUGGUUCAGACUCGGAGAGAUGUCCCCCACCAAAGAAAUUAAAGAGUGGAAGGGACGUCUUAAAGGAGUAUUACCUAAAGCACCGCUUCCUCAAUGAGCAGGACCUGGAUGAGCUUGUCAACAAGACCAACAUGAGCUAUGAACGGGUCCGAGAAUGGUUUGCUGAGGUCCAGAGACGCCUCAACAUGGGCGCAGACCCCUUCCAGGAGCCGGCUUUGGGGAGGGCGGACGGAGGAGAGGGGGCUGAUGAGAUAAGUGGGGAGGCGUCGCACGCCAACAAGGUACCAAGAGGCGACAGAAUGGGAGAUGAAGAGGAGGAUGAAGACAAUGAAGAGCAUGAUGAGGAGGAUACAGAUGACAGUGAGGUUUGGGAGCCGUCACGCAGUGUGAGGAAAUCCUUGUCUGUAUCUGAAGACUAGAUUUGUGCACAAGGCUCAAUUGAAGCAUUGAAUAUGUUCCAAGUAUUUCCAAAUGGUGUCGACAUGAAACUAACACAUUAUUAGCAGCUGUAUCUCCCUGUCUCAGCCCUCACCUGACUGACAUUAUUAAGAUGACCUGAAGAGCAUUUUUGUCACACCAAAAACAUUGAAAAGUAGAUAAUCAUUAAAAAAAAAAAAAACAUGGAUUUGAUGGUUAAAAACUGAGAUCGACAUAUGUCAUACAUGAAAAGUGGCUGUUAUUAAAGGGUAACUUGGGGAGGAAUUCAUAUUUUACGUCUACUGUAAAUUCCUUUUUUAAAUGCAAUGUUGCAUUUCCCUUGCACAAGCCCAAAUUUGAACUGAAUUUUUCAGAAUUUCCAGCGAAUGAUCACCCCUCUUCCCUACAAGAAAAAAAGUGUGACUUCCUAAUGUGUUUACAAGGUGCCACCUAGUCAAACACCUUGAGCGCACUUGGUGGAACUAGUCUAUAAUGCUGUUUUAUGUAUUACGGCUUUGAAAGCUAUAGUCACCUAAAUGAGAAUGAAUGCGCUUACACUGAUCAUGAAAGUCCAUGAUGGAUAAAGGCCGAAUGCAACAUGAGCCAAAGUACAUGAACAGGGAGUGAAUGCCAACGUAUUUGUUGAAGGAUGUCGAUUCAAUUCUUCCCUUGAUGGUUGUUACUAGUCUGUUUUAACAUGGAAUAUAACUAAUUGGGGGCGGGGGGAAUGUUUAAUAUGCACUGCGGUUGAUGUUUUUUGUUUUGUUUUGUCUUUGCACCUUUUGACACAACAAGCUCUGUGCUGUUGUUAAUUUAUAUAUAUAUAUAUAUAUAUAUAUAUAUAUAUAUAUAUAUAUAUAUAUAUAUAUUGGUUCUGAAACUUUGCCAAAUUGGAAUGUGUUGUUUCUCAACCUCCAAAACAAACAAAUAACCAACCAAACAAAGUGUUUAGCUGCAGCUUAUGGUGUAAAUGAAAUGCACCUGCUGUGCCUCAAUCAUAAGUUAAAACAAAUCCACGUCAGCAACAAUCAUGACUUAAACCUAACUACUGGUGCGACGUAUUGUUCUCAAAACAGUAUUUCAGACAUUUUAAAUCGUGAAGCACCUGAACGAAACUUGUUUCAAAUGCACUUUGUCUGCCACAUAGUGGAUGAAAUUAUAAUUUGGCACCUUAUUUUAUCAUGCAAUGGCUCUGAGAGCCCAUAUUUGUUAUCUGACUAAUCCAGUAUUUUGCUUUUUUUUUUUUUUUUUUUUUUUUUAUGAAUCAUUGUUCGUUUUCCCUGAGGAGGAAUCUUACCAGUUGAUCCACUUUUGUAAUAAUAUGUAAAUGGUGUCAGAUGUUUAUAAGGCUCCGUAGAAUCAGCUGCCACUUACGUUCCUUUUAUUGCACACUUUGAGCCACAUUUUGAAUACUUUUUGGGGGAAAAGAACGCUUGUAUAAUGUUUUGUAUUGUUUCAAAUCAUGUGUCCACUUAACUUUUUGAUGGACUUGGGAGGACACGUUAGUAGUGGCCUUGCGGUUGUCUUCUCACAGCAAACCAACCAGAUGACACUAUAAGGACAUGUUCAAUAGCUAUAUAAUGUGUUAACAUCCCCUUACGUCCGAUCACAGAAAGGACUGUCGUAAGGAAUGACUACCAGCUGCCGUUUAACCAGCCACGGCAAGGACAAUUACCCCCCCCCCCCCUCCCCCAGCACCAUGUUGACUGUUGUUAACUUAUACAGACAUACUGUACCUACAUGUGCCUACUUGGCUUGUGAACUCGUUGCAAGAGGAUCUCCCCAUAUUGUCACAAAGCACUUAUGGUAGCCUAUCUUAAAGGAAAUGGGGAUGCAUGAGCAAGAUGUGCUUUCUGCCGACACUACAAAAUGCCUGUUUGAAGUUAAACUUUGCAAACUUCUGUCCCUAACCAUGGUUAAACCUCGGGCUUCUAAAUUACUUUCUUGUACUUGUCAUUCAUGCUACAUGCUAUCACCUUUUAGACAUCGCAAAAGCAUUUUCAGCCUGCCUGGUAUAAAGUCACUAAGCUAGCUCGCUGAUUGCAACUGAAUGAGCAGAACUCUUUGACACAUUAUUUGUCGUAAUGUGAAUAGUAAGUGCCUGGGCAUGAAAAAGAACAAGAUGUUGUACCUUAUAUACAGUACAUGUAUACCGAGCGUUUAUACCUUUGUCUAUUACUGCAUGCAAUAAGUACGUUGAACAACUGCUCAUUUUGUACAUAUACAGUAUGUGUGUGUCUGUUUGGUUGGGUUGGUAUCGUUGGCACAGUGGUUUGCUAAUCUAAAGAUAAACAAGUGGUAUGAUUUCAAAGUCUGUUAUCAUGGAUUGUAUAAUUGUCUUUCCCAAAUCAUUAACAGUAUAAACAGUCCUGUCAGUUAGCUAAGAACACUUCCAAUAGUGAGCCUGAGUCCUUUUAAUACUUAGUCAUUACAAGCAUUUGAUUUUUGUGUUCUUUCUGCUGCUUAUUUUAGUACACAGAUGAGGUACAAGCCUACCCCAAAGUAUUUUACUAGCCAUGCUUGUAAAGCUUUUCUAUGUUUUUAUCAAUGACAAGUGUCUUUACAACCAAAUAGUUUGUUUACUGCACACACUCAACUGUGUUCGAAAGUGAAAGUGAAAUAGAAUUUAUUUUGAGCUCAGACGGUUUUGCUAGAGUUGCUUUUGGGUACUUUGGUUGCAAGGAAUAUAAAAUCACAACUCACUUGAAAGAUGAGCACUUUAUUGAAGGAUAUAAAUACAAUGUCCGCUAGGAGCAACAUGUUGUAAUUUUAAAAUGUUACUGUUACAAUAAGGCCCUAUAGUAAAUUAUAUGACCAAUAACUGUUUGCUAGAUGCGUCUCUUAUUUGAUUUGUUCCAUGGGUAUAAUGAUAAAGCGCUGUGUCUUCUAAGUGGGUUUUGAUUUUAUAUAAUGUAUCAUAUAGCCUACCAUAUAUCCUACUUGCAGUAGAGGUUGUAUCGUGAGUAGUUAAGCUGCUGUAAUAUUAUAUGCAUACCUUUUUGUCAUCUAAAUCCUUCACUAUGUGCUCUCAUUUUGUUUGUUUAUACCUGUGCUCUUUGAAUGUUUUGCAAAUGUUUUCACCAUAGCUUUUUCAACAAAAUACACUUUGUCACAAUAUAUAUAUAUUUUUUUUUCUAUUGCAAGCUCCUUUCUUAUAAAUGGAACACGUCGCUGUUUCGGUUCGGUCACAGAACCUAAAGUUUCGAUCUACAGUGAUGGCAACUCCCAUAUGCAGAUGUUCCAUUAAAAUACAUAACUGGAGUUGCAGUGAAGAUGAAAAGGAUGACGCCAUCACUUUAAAGCUCCCAAUAAAUGUUUACUUUGUCAUUUUUAUUUA